AUGAUGGCGAUCUCGAUGUUCCGGGUAAAGCUAAUUAUUAUUAAUUUCACAUGCAUGCAGGUCAAAGUAAGUGGUUCGCUCUAUUUGCCCUGGGUCCUAGUCAAAUCAGGCCAGAGGACGACGACCGACUCAAAAUUCAUAGCAAUGGUUCGUGUAAAAGCGCCACCAUCGGAACAUGGUAGCAAUGCAACCCCCAUACACCUAGUUGUGGUGCUAGAUGUCUGGGGUACAACGGGCCAGCAGCUGGCAGCAGGACCAAUUAGGUUACUGGAUCUGCUGAAGACGAUGGAGUUCAUGAGAGGAGUGGUCUGUAGAGAGGACGCGGCAAAAGGCCUGAUUGACGUCGUUGAUGCAUUCAAUGUUCAGACGGAGACGACCAUUGAUAAUUGGAUAGCCGAAGCUAGAAAGCGGGUACACGCCGUUCAGAUCCUGGACAGUACGAGUGAACAAAGUCCUGGUGGCGUGAAGCGUGUUGGCUUCAUCCUUCUCCUGUCGGAUGGACGACAGAACAAGCUUCUGUUUGACGAGUCUGAUGUCAAAAACCUCCGUCGCAAGUACCCGGUGCACGCCUUCGGCUUGGGAAUGAAUCAUGACCCAGGGAUGCUGCAUCGUAUCGCCGAAACAUCCAGAGGAACCUACUCCUCCAUUGCGCCUGCGCAUGCGGAGAAUCAGAAUAAUCUCAACAACAGCAGCAAGCUGAUGGAAGCCGUGGCCUUGUGCUUAGGCGGGCUCAAGAGUGUUGUGGCCAUCAACACGCGCGUCAAAAUCAGGGUAAAGCUCGACGACCCAAACCCAAACGAGAACAAUGUGAACAAUAAAAGCAUCAACAUGAAGAUCCAACAGGGGGCCCACGACUUUAUCACCAAGACGAAGGAAGGUUUUGCUGUCGGCGUCCUCUACGCUGGUGAGGUGAAGGACUUGAUCGUCCAGAUUAAUUUUAGAACCAACCCCAUUAGUUCACGAACCCGAUCAGCUACUCUUACUGCUACCGUGGAGUAUGAGGAUAGUUCUGCUAGUUCACACAACCAGGCAGAGGCAGCAGCAGCUGCUGCUGCUAGUACUACUACUCUUACCGCCGAAUGCAACCUGCCGCUCCUAGUCACGGGAACCAGUAAUGAGGCUGCCAGGACAGCGUACGGGAAGUUGAAACAAUCGCUUCCUAAUUCCAUGGUCCUGCAAAGGAUGAUCAUGUUGGAGGUGCUGGAAAUGCUGGCCAGCUUUGCAGAGGAAUACUCGAUGACGAAGAAGAAGGAGGAGGUGGGAGGCCUGCUGCGGAGGAAGUGGGAAGAGGAGCGAAAGAAGACACGAAAUUAUCUGGAGGUGGCCCAGGAGAUGAGUGACCUCAUCGACGACCUGCGGAGGAUCGACGAUGACAUGGAGGCGAUGGCGAAGUGCCUGCAGAAAGAGGGGGUCUCCUCGGGGUUGAGCUGCAUCUACUCGUGGGUGUCGAGCUACCAGAUGCAGCGUGCCACCACGGGCCUGCCACUGCCACCGCCGGCACCAGCAACCCCCCCGUUCCUGACGCCAGACAUGGGGAAAAUGGUGGAAAAGGCAAGGAAUUAUAAGCAGCAGCCGCCUGUCCAGGAAGACGGGGCGGGGGCCUCCUCCUCUUCAUCGUCUAGGGGCAACAAGUCGCCACCACCCCCGGCGCCACCCAGCACCACCCGGGACAACGACAUCAAGCCUAAGCACCCUGCCGUCACACAGCUGCACCAGCACAUCUUCACAGAGUUGGAUCAUUACGCAGGCGUUGAGCAACAGUUUAAGGACAGUCACUUCGAAUUCAUGAAGGGCGCAAUGUUGAAGGAAUUCGAAAAAAUGAUCGACAAGUACAAGCCGGAGACCACUACUUCCGGCAGCGGCAAAGAGGCAGGCGCGCGUCCCAAGUGA